AUGGCUUUAAUUAUGAAAAUCUGGUAUGUGCGAGUUUUCUACAAAAUGAUUGAAAAGUUUCCUGAGGCAGUGUCUUCAGACGACUAUCCAGACUAUAAAGAUGAUGAUGACCAUACUGAUUAUCCGCCUACUGAUUCUACUGUACACGAUUCUACUGUAUAUGAUCCUACUCUACACAAUACUCGUAUACAUGAAGAUGAAGACAACAUGGAUGAUAACGUAAUCCAUAAAGAAGAAUACAGGUUUCCAGAUCACAAAGAAGAAUACAAGUAUCCAGAUCACACAGAAUACAUGUAUCCGGAUCACACUCCUGCAAAUCCCAAAACGGACAAUCAUUACAAAGAUAUCAAACAAUAUGUGUUCACCACACGAAAUCCAAAUGGCACUGAGUCUGAAAUAUCCGUGAGGGCAACCACUGAUCUGAGAUUUGCUCUAAAGAACUACAAAUCUGUCAAAGCAACAACAUCAUCUCAAGAAACUACAAAGGAAGAACAACCUGAACAACAUGAACCUGAGACAAUGCCAAAAACAACCCCAAAUGUGCCUGCAUUUUGGACAAUGUUAGUUAAAGCUAUAAAUGAGACAACGGUGAGCAUGGACGAUAAAGAUGAGUUAUUUCAAGCAAUUCCAAACUCUGAUUUGAAUGCUACAAGUGGAGACAAACUAUCAGAGCUAGAGGAAAUCAAGAUCAAAUUAAUGCUGGGCAUCGCAUUGAUGACCCUCAUCCUUUUAGUCCCUCUCUUGAUAUUCUGUUUUGCCACGCUGUAUAGACUAAGGCAACUGAGUAAGAAAAGGGAAGAGAGCAAUUACUCCAUCAACCCAGAGCUGGCCACAAUGUCUUACUUCCAUCCAUCCGAAGGUGUAUCAGAUACAUCUUUUUCUAAGAGUGCAGACAGCAGCACAUUGUGGGGCACUACUUCCUCAGAUAUGAAAAAAUCAGGCACAUUGUCAAAAUCUAAAACAGUUAUGGAUACUUCCACAGGCUCCGAUGAUACACUUUUAAAUGAGGAAUUAGAAUUACUUAACAGUGAGGAAGCCAAUACCGAUGAAUAG